CAGAUUUCCGUAUUUCCUUUUCAGUUGGUCCCUUUGGCAAUCCUUUUGCUCCAGCUCACUUGUUUGGUGGUGGGCGUGUUUCACUGCUGCUGUUAGCAGCAAGGUAAGGUCCAGCUCUAUUUUCCACCUGGAUCUUGGAUCAGGAGAGAGGAGGUGGAAUUUGCAAGGAUAUUGUGUAAGAAGCAGAGGAGGUGCUCUGCUUAUCUGAGAGAACGUAAAUUCGCGAGACACGACAUUUCGCCAUGGCGGCUACUGAUGCCGGUGCACCCGCAGCCCCAGCUGAAUCCACUCCUGGCGGCGCGCAGACUGGAAAGGUGAAGUGGUUCAACAGCACCAAGGGCUUCGGGUUCAUCACGCCUGACGACGGCGGCGAGGAGCUCUUCGUGCACCAGACGAGCAUCAAGGCUGAGGGCUUCCGCAGCCUCGACGAGGGCGAGGCCGUCGAGUUCACCAUCGAGACCGCCUCUGACGGCCGCACCAAGGCGAUUAAUGUCACCGGUCCCGGCGGCGCCUAUGUGAAGGGCGCGCCGAGGCGGAACGAGUAUGGCGGAGGCGGCGGAUAUGGCGGUGGCGGGUAUGGCGGUGGCGGAGGGGGUUAUGGAGGUGGCGGGUAUGGCGGUGGGGGUUAUGGGGGGGACUUUGGCGGGGGCGGUGGGUAUGGGGGGGUUAUGGCGGGGGGUAUGGGGGUCGCAGCGGGGGUGGGGGCGGCAGAGGCGGAGGUGGUAACUGUUACAGCUGCGGAAUGCCCGGGCAUAUGGCGAGGGACUGCCCCCAGGGGCCGUCUGGGGGCGGUGGCGGCAGGGGAGGAGGUGCACGCUCCUGCUACAACUGCGGGCAGCCCGGACACAUUGCGAGGGACUGUCCGACGGCUGGGCAGUAGCCUGAUGGUGUGCUUAUAACGAGGUCGGGAGAGGUGCUGCGUCGGGCAGGUGCUGUUUUCAGGAGGUAGUGUCAGAUGGAGCAUAACUCUGUAGCUGGAGGUACAUUGGACCAAUUCCAAUGUGCCAUGGUCCACAAUGGAGGGUGGCGUUAGCAAAUGCAUGUCUGCCUGAAAUCUUCUCACCGUCAUGUGUCUUGCUGUGUCCACUUCGUCUGGAAACCGGAAGAUGGGGGAUGGGGGCAUGAGUUGGGAGAUGGGGGUGAUCAAUCUCUUGUGCACAUGCCUUCAUAGUGUUCCUUGGCAAAUCAUCAGUUUUCACAUGCGUUCAUGGAAUCUUUGUUAUGCGUGCUCAGUUUCACAUUCGACAUCCUUACCU